AUGCCUCUCAUGCCAUUGAUGGUUCGGUCACUGGUGAGGCUACUCAGCGCUCUAGUGUCUCAGCCAACUGCCUCAGUCACAACUUUAUUGUAUUACAGCAAUCUUCUACCUAGAAACUUGAAUUUAGAGCGAUUGGUUCGACGGGAACUGCUUGAUGGAGAAAACCAUCUGUUCCAUUUUCUCAUCAAUUUCUUGAGAUGUUUCUGGUAG